CUCUAAUUAAAGUCUUCUCCUUUAUUUUUUUCUUUUCUUUUGGUCACUCCACAAAUAAUUUCUUGAAGAAAAAAAAACUGCCAAAUUGUAGAUGUAGAGAAAUCCCCAUCUAAGACUCAGAAGUCCACACCAAAAUAUGGAAACAAUUCCAGAAGACCAACCGGAAACAAUUCCAGAAGACCGACCAGAAACACCACCACAACGCAAAGAAGAAGAAAAACACAAUGAAAAACAACAAGUGAAAGAGGAAGAAGAAGAAGAAGAAGAAGAAAAGCAGAGCAUGCCAGAAACACCAUCUCCUCUGUUCCACUCACCAUCUCAUGUGUUCCAAUCACCAUCUCAUAUGUUCCAAACUCCGUCUCCACCGUCCGAUUCUCCAAUAACCCAUCAUACCUACCACACUCAUGAGCUCAGAGUCGCGCCUGCAGACACCAAGCCGGCGUCGCCGCCGCUCGCGCCUCCCCAGUCCUUCAGGGCCGAGCCCAAGGUUGCGGGACCCGAUUCCAGAGAUGGGUUUGAUUGGACCCCGGAGGCUCGGGAAGAAAGUGGCGGUGGAAUUGGAGGUGGUUCGGGUGUAAAUAUCCGAACUUUGAGACCCAAGUUGUCGAUACUGAAGAGGUCGAGGAGGGAGAGCAUGGUGAGGAGGGCUUUGUUUGGGUUAAGGAUUUCUGGGUUUGUGUUGUGUUUGAUAUCCUUCUCGGUUAUGGCGGCUGACAAGAACCAAGGUUGGGCUUUAGAUUCCUUCUAUCGCUACAAGGAGUUCAGGUUCUGCUUGGCAGUCAAUGUGAUUGGAUUUGUGUAUUCAGGGCUGCAAACGUAUGACCUAACCUAUUUCAUCACCAGUGGAAAACAUGUAAUCCAGCACCAUCUCCGCUAUUACUUUGAUUUCUUGUUGGAUCAGAUUUUGACGUACCUUUUGAUAUCGGCGUCUUCAUCGGCUGCGAUUCGGGUCGACGACUGGGAGUCGAAUUGGGGCAAAGACAAGUUCCCGGACAUGGCUCGGGCAUCCGUCGCAUUGUCCUUCCUUGCCUUUAUUGCCUUUGCCUCCAGCUCCCUCAUCUCUGGUUACACCCUUUGUACUCUGAAAUCUAUGUAGUUUUUCUUCGUACUUAGUAUUUACUGAGUUAUAGAUGGACAGUGAAAAGUGAUAUAUUUUGUACUGUGUAGAGAAAGUUAUGCUUGUGUUGCA